GUUUGGCAGGAUUUCUGAGGGAAGGCGAGAGAGCAGAGACAGACAGAGAGGAAAAAGCAUCAGAAUAGUUUAGUUUUUACUUCACUGUAUUUAACUUGUCCUGUUAAUCUUCUCCUGCUGGUGUCGACAUAUUGGGUUUUGGUAUUUGAGUCCGGUUUCAGCACUAGGGUGUACUUGUUUCUAUCACCCAGGCCAGCGUAGCAGCAGUGAUGAACUGGUCGGGACUGGAGAGUCUGUUAAGUGGAGUCAAUAAAUACUCCACUGCAUUCGGGAGGAUCUGGCUGUCCAUGGUGUUUGUCUUCCGUGUGCUGGUGUUUGUGGUGGCAGCGCAGAAGGUUUGGGGCGACGAGAGCAAAGACUUUGAGUGUAAUACUCGACAGCCUGGCUGUACCAACAUCUGCUAUGACCACAUCUUCCCCAUCUCCCAUAUCCGUCUGUGGGCACUGCAGCUGAUUUUUGUCACCUGCCCGUCUCUGAUGGUGAUGGCUCAUGUUAAAUACCGCGAAGGAAAGGACAUGAAACAUGUGCAGCUGCACCCCGGCUCUCACCUGUACGCCAACCCUGGCAAGAAAAGAGGGGGGCUGUGGUGGACCUAUCUGCUGAGUUUGGUCUUCAAAGCUGGAUUUGACACAUCAUUUCUUUACAUUCUGUAUCGGAUAUACCACGGAUAUGACUUGCCCAGGUUAUCCAAGUGUUCACUGGACCCAUGCCCUAACACCGUGGAUUGCUUCAUUAGUCGUCCAACAGAGAAAAAGAUCUUCAUGUUGUUCAUGGUUGUAUCCAGCGCGCUGUGCAUCUUCAUGUGCAUCUGCGAGAUGGUUUACCUCAUCGGCACGCGCAUUGCCAAAUUGUUAAGGAUCCGCCGAGACAACGAGAGGUUCCUAUUUGCUGAGCAGCAUGAGCUCACCGACAUGGCCCCACGUAGGUCUCAGUAUCGUAGGACUGAUCCCACAUUGACAGACAGCCAGCUCAGUUUAAACAAGAAGGAGAAGAUCAGAGAAGGUGGUAAAAGUACGGCCCUGUAAGGAGGUUUGUCUCUAACGGGUGGCUACACAACAGGACCAAAAGUUACCUGAUGAAGUUGUUGAACUAAAAGACUAAUAAAAGGACCGAUCCUGUGUAUCGUGACCCAGCUGAACAUGAGACAUUCAUCACUCUCCUUUGAAAGGAUCUCCAACCCUGGCUGGUUGUAUGUUGCAGGACACUUUAAAGAAGAGGAGUACUAUAGUAUUUCAAUCAGGAGUGACAAGUGAAUGAAGUAAAGAUGAAUGUUUAUUAUAACAGGUGAUAUGUGAUAUUUAAGUUUUGCUAGAAAGUCUUUGGUGCUUGGACUCUACAGGGAGAUUUGUAACUGAGGGGCAUACCCUGAGCAGCAAGCCAGAUAGCCAGCCAGAUUUUGAUCACAAAUCAACGUCAAUAUGUCAUUUUAAUUACAUGUAACACCUUAGAGUAAGUAUUGUAAAUAACAACAACACUGUUAAUAGCUUUACUAAUUGUGCAACUUAGAAAAAGAUUGCAUCCGGGUCUCUUUGCGUUCAUAUUUCUUCCACUAAAGGGACCAACAUGCUGCUGGGAAUUUAAUGCGCUGAUGCCCCACACGAAGUGUUGGGUUGUCAAUGUGAGUUGUUUAACUCAUUGCAAAAUUGAACCAUUGCACUAAAUCUAGAUUUGGAUAUUUUUUCAGAGGAUGUUAGCUGGCAGAGUGAUGAAAAAAACACUUUUUCUGGGAUUUGGGGUGUUUGGGUGUUAUUUUGUGUCUCUGGUGCUUCCACACACAUACAAACUUUGGA